CCGCCAGAGAGGGUAGGCGGAGAUAUCGCAACAGGCUCCCUCUUCAACUAACUUGUGUGUGAUCGGAAUACUGUUUAUUUCCGGUCUCUGCUAGCGUUGUGACUGCGAGUAAACGGUUACUAUGACCGAACAAACAAAGAAAAGAUCGAUGACUACAGACGAUGAAACUUCAAAAACAAGUGCAAAUCCAAAGAAAAAGAAACAAAUUCGACGUUCAGAUGAAGGCAAACGGUCAAAAAAGCUAAGCGACCGUCAGCGAGGAAAAACCAGAGUUACCAUCGGCGUUGCCUUGCCAAGGUGGAGGGCAUUGAAAGAAGAAAAGGGACUGAGGGGAGAUACAGAUAUGGCUCUCUUACUCUUGGACUGUUAUGAACGUUAUGCUCGGGGUCCAUCUGUGUCGACCCCAGGCAAGCGUGGUGAUCAGCGUGCCCCUGCCCCUGCCCCAUCAAUGUCCAGCACUGGAGCUGAAUAUGAGAGGGAUGAUGCCUUGUCAGACAUUAGUUGUGUUGAGGCUAGCGAAGAGGUGGAUGUCUUGCAAGAAAGGUACACAAAAGAUGAGCUGCACGUCUCCUGUACUUUUGAGAUGCAGUAUGAUGCAGGAAGAAGUCUGUCUGAGACAGGACACUGAGACAACACUACCAGAGCUCACUGAGCAGCACAGGAUCAGACAGGAAGAAGAGGAACUCAGUGGACUGGAGUCUGUCCACAUGGCAGAGUCAGAGACAGAGUGUGCUGCACCAGGACUCAACACACCGGAGCCAGAAUGUGUUACAGCACACUGUGGGGUCAGUGAUGUACACCACACACACACACCACUGAUUAAAACAGAAACUGAUCUGGGCUCCACCCACACUGGGAAUUUUAUUAAGACUGAGAUCCUUGAAAAUACAGAGCUGGGAUCUGUAACCCAUCUGCAUCCUGACCGAAUCAAAACGGAGACUAAUGAUGGAGGUUACCUGAAGGCAGAACAUAUCAGCGACUUGAAGGAUUUUAAAUGUGUUCAUAUUAAAUUUGAAAAGAUUGAAUCCAGUGAAAUUUUAGUGAGUGAUCUGUGAGUGAAUACUGUGAUGAAUGGAGUAGGGCACAAAGACUGAAUCAGGGCAAUGUGCAGGACGGCCAAGCCCAAACUGUAAAAAAGAGGAACCUUAUGACCUACUGUGACAUGAACAGUGAAAAUAAUCUGACCAGAAUUGUCCAGAAAAGUGCAAACAAUAGCAACAAACAUAUGAACUGUCAGAGAAUAAAUGUGACAAUUGAACCCAUGGUAAUUCAAUCAAAUAAAAAAACCAAGCCAUUUGAAAAUCUUUCAUACAAAUGAAAAACUACCAAAUCUAAUUUGAAUCGCCAUCUGAGAAUUCAUACAGGUGAAAUGCCUUACAAAUGUAUUCAUUGUGCAACAUGCUUUUCCCAAAUAUUUAAGUAGCCGUUUGAGAAUUAAUUCAGAAGAAAAGCCCUAUACAUGUUCUCCGUGAGGCAAGUGCUUUUCCCAAAAAGAUGCAUUAAGUUUUCUAAAGAUGCUUUGCACCAAUGGAAAAAACAUACACCUGCAGUGUGGGAUGCUUUUAAUUUAACUUGCCACCAUACAGCCGAAUAGCCCUACAAGUGUUUUCAGUAUGGGACCUGUUUUUCCGAAUGAACUCUGUUUAAUUGCCUCAGUGCAAGUAAUACAAGUACUCAGUGUGGGAAUUCUUUCAAAUGUACUCGGUGGUUAAAUUUCAUUUUCUAGGCCUGAUGACAACUCCUACAAGUGAAGAGACUGACAAAUGUACUCAUUGUGGGAAGUGUUUCGUGAAAGCAUCCCUUACAUGGUGUAGUUUGUGCAGGAAGCAUUCCAGAUUUUUCAAAUUUUUAAGAAUAACCUGAGAACUCUUUUACAAACAUCCCUUCACUAUUUUUAGAUUAACCAUCCUGUUGUAAUUACCAAACAUUUUUUGUGGGUAUUUAAUUUGAAUUCAAGUAGUGAGGAAAAAGUUGGUACCACAACCAUUCUGGAGUGUUUGUUGUUGUGCAUUUUGUGUAUGUAAAAUGUAAUUCCUUGUAGAUUGAAGGGUGGUAUUUUGCGAUUAUGAAAUUGACUGCAACGUAAUUUGUUUGAAAGAACCAAUGUGAAAUCUGUUUGGAUAUACUGUCAAAAGAAGCAUGGUUUUGUGUAUUGCAAACUUGUUUUCUGAAAAUAAACUUGCUGGCGUUUCCAAUUCUUUUACUGCCAUUGUAGAAGCUGUAAUGUGCCUGUCAAUUAAAGCUGAUUAUUAGACCUCACACUGUAGAAAUAUCAGUUGAGCAUCUUUGUUUUUCAACAUUGCACUUUUCCUCUGCAAAAGACCUUGUACAUUCCCUGUUCAAGAUGGCUCUGAUGAAGGUAUGUUCUCUGUCUAAAAAGACUAUAAUUGAAAAAACUUAAAAGCAGGUCAGUGUUAAAUUCCCUGUUUAUGAUGGACCAGGGGAAGACCCAGUUUGGUUGAAACAUCUGUUUUGAUGAUUAAAUGGGAGAAUUUUU